GCGCGGUCAUUUUAUUUUUCUCGAUUUCUUUUGUUUUUAUAUUUUCAAUCUUUGCAACAUAAAAUCGCUCUAAAAUUAGGAUUAUUGACUUUAAAGGGAUCAGCUCAGAAUUAAGUGAUAUAGGGGUAAGGGAUAAGAAAUAAAGGGUAAGGGAAAUUAAGGGAUAUAAGACGGAAAUUAAGAUCAGGUAAAAGCGAGAAGUUUUGUCUUAAAUCCCUUUUAUCCACCUAAAUAUUUGCUGUGGAGUCAUUUGACCUUCCGUGUUUGACCUUUCGGGGUGGAUUCGACUUAGAAAUUUUUUUAACAAAAUUUUCUUUUUUUAAGCAAAAAAUUGAACAAAAAUGGACGUAAAUAAAAAUACUAAAAUUGAAGACAAAAAUAAAAUUGAGGAUAACAACAGUUGUGAUCACCAAGAAAAAUGGAGAUCGGCGGCCAUUGAAGAAGAUUUAUGGGAUAUGUCCCGCAGAAAACGAGUUAAAGAAGUGUUGGGUUCUAAUGAUUUUCGGAGUGAAUUAGAACAAAUCGUUUGCCCAGACAUUGCAAGAUCCUUUCCAGAAGAUUUGAACAGUGCAAUGGCCUCUUUAAACAUUCAGACAGCUAAUUAUUCUCGUUUACCUCAACUUUUGCCUUUAAAUGUCAACCAAGUUUUAAGUAAAAUUUUAGUUAUUUUUUUAAUCGAGAAUUUAUCAGGGAUAUCACAGAUUAUCCGAAACCUCAUACGCGAUCCGAAAAUUUUUUUUGAAAAGCCUAGCCAGAAACUCGACUCGACUUUUUCCCUUUUGAUUACCCCAACUGACCUGAAACCUGACUCGAGAAAUUUUCUAGAACCUGACCCAUUCUAUUUUCUUAAUCCGUGA